AUGAUUGAAAAGGUGCCUCUACAGUUCAAGGUAGGCACCGGCUCCCAAGUCAAUCUUCUCCCGCUGUCACUCUUCCGAAGCGCCAACUCCAGGCAGCACCUGAUACCAAGUCCGGCAGUGUUACAAAGCUACAACGGCAGCGCUAUCGGCCACCUUGGAAAAGCCAGACUCACGCUCAAGUUCCAAGGAAAAGUUGUUUCCGCCGAGUUUUUUGUCGUCAAGAAGAACAGGCGUGCACUUCUAGGAUUGCCAACUUGUGAAGAGUUAGGCUUGGUGAACCGUGUGCACGAGAUCGCCACCAUCACGAAUACUCAAUCCCAAGUUCAGCGAGAAUUUCCAGCACUGUUUGAAGGCAUCGGAAAAAUCCAACGUCCCUACAGCAUCUCUUUUAAGGAAGGCACAGUGCCUGUCGUUCAACCCACCCGUAGGGUACCUCAAGCCCUCAUGGAGUCGCUGAAGCAAGAACUGAACCGCAUGGAGCAGGCAGGAAUUAUCACAAGAAUGAAGGAGCCCUCAGACUGGGAGGACAGUCUCCGGGAGAGUUGCUGUAUGGAAGAAAACUGCGAGCACAACUUCCUGAUUUCUCAUCGCACCCGAGGAAACCUGUGUGCAAGAGGCAACAAAACAAGCCUGGAACGUCGCUGAAGGACCUGAAGAGCGGUGACGUCGUCCGCAUGCGAGGGAAAGGCGGUUGGUUUGAGAAAGCUAGGGUAACAAAUUGUGCCGGGCCACGCUCCUACACUGUCCAAACCGACCGGAACAGGAUCUACAGGAGAAACCGCCGUCAUUUGUUGAAAACGUCGGAGGCAUUCAAUGAUUGCCUGGAUGAAGAUGCCGCUUCACCACAGCAGCACUCCGACGCCCAUGACAAUCCGCAGCCUUCACAGACUUCGCAGUCUCCGCAGCUUCCACAACCACACUGUAACCCAGAUACAGACCAUCGUUCCACACAUCCAUCCCCAGCAUCUGGUGAAACUUUGACAGAUGAGGCUCCAGCACUGAGAAGAUCAUCACGAAGCAGACACGCACCACGUCGACUAACCUACGACAAAACAUUUGAACAGUUUCCAUAGUUUCUUUUGUGUGUUCAUUUUUUAUUUAAUGCUAUCCGCAUUCUUUGUAUGUUAUGUUAUUUUCGUACUUAUUUUCUUUGUACUUCUUUUCUUUAAAGAGCGGAAGAUGUAUCGGUGUUGCGCGGGCGCUCGAGCAGCAGCUCGGAGCCUGGCGCGGGCUCAUGACAUAAAGCACGAGAGUCAGUUCUCUUCUGGUACCGAGAUGUGUGGACUCACAAUUAAUA